UUCUUUUUACUAUAAAUUGCUCUUAUCCGGCGCAAUAAGUUCACAUUCAUCUGAGGACUCCAAUCAUCAUGAUCUUCUCCCACCUAUUGGCUGGUUCAGUCCUCUGCUUUUUGGCCUUAUUUGUUGAGGGCAGACGAGGUCGCCGAUUUGAAGACGUGUUUGACGAGACUGCCUUGGCCAAUGAAAACGCUCCUCCGCCAUUUCAAGCCAACGACACUGAGCCCAGGUCUAAGGUUGAAUUCAUUCCAUCCGGAUUUGCCAACAUCUCCGAAUAUGCCACGGCUUUGUCUUGUGGUUCCCAAAACACGUUGAGCCCUGGUUCAUCUUUCUUGAUCCAGAGUCCUAAUUUCCCAUCGCGGCCACGCAGAAAUACCAGAUGUGAUUGGCAAUUCAACUUACCUGAACGAGCUCAAGUGGAUUUGAUAUGCGACUUCUUCAACGCACCCUGUGUAUUCCGAAACUUUUUGAUCCUCUCUAUUCAAGGAUCACGCUCUAUUUCGUAUUGUAAUAGAAACCCAGCCCAGAUUCUCCGCAAUCAACGUGUGGCCAGUCUCACCAACACAGGAAACGCUCGGACUGUAACCAUAAGCUUUGUCAUCCCAAGAUUCAGAAGCCGCUCUGGGCAAGGUGUCCAAUGUAGGGUAGUUGCCUUAGGAUCUUCAGGUCCCAAUCCAACAACAUCCACGGUGGCUUCAGUGUCCACCACAGUGUCCCCUACCACCAGCACGGCCAGUCCUGUGGGAUGCGGCAUCAAAAAUCAGGGGAGAAUAGUAGGGGGCAACGAGGCAACUCCCAAUGAAUGGCCCUGGGCAGUGUUCAUAACCAUACAAACGAACGCUGGCAGCUCAUUCUGUGGCGGUUCGGUCAUUACAAAUGAGGCAGUCCUCACAGCCGCCCAUUGUGUGGAAGGUUCAGUGCAAAGUGUAUCCGUGUAUUUUGGCUGCCAUCGCGCAUCGGCAUUUGAUUGCGACUGAGUCAUGACUGUUCCGGCACAGAACGUGAUAUCACACCCCAACUACCGCAGUGUUGGAUCAGGUCGAGAUGUGGCCGUGAUCCGUCUAACCGAGACACUCACCUUCACCAACACCAUCCGACCAGUUUGCCUUCCCACCUCACCAAAUAACAACUUUGCCGACAACAGCUUGUGGGUGGCAGGAUGGGGCCUAGUCAGGACUGGUGGGAGUAUAAGCUCUGUUCUGAAAGAGGCCACCUUGGACCAUAUCCCGUUGUCAUCUUGUCGCCAAGUCUUUGGGAAUAUCGCCAGUGACAUCUUGUGCAAUAGGAGAGGAUCUGGAGACACUUGCCAGGGUGACUCCGGCUCUGGGGUGACCAAUUUUAGGAGCGGACGUUAUUUUGUUGAUGGGGUUGUGUCAUUUGGCAGGUCCAGUUGUGAGGCCGAACCCUCCGGCAAUGCUGAAGUGUUUGACAAUCUCAACUUCAUUCAACAGAACAUAUAAACCUGGUUGAUGUAUGACGUCCUUAAAUCAAUAAAUUAGUGCAUGAGAAAAGGAA